CCAACACUCCCCUCAUACCCAACCCCAAUAUUCAAUAAAACCACCUAAAACAACACAAAAAUGUCAGAGCCACGCACCUGCCCGGAAGGCUACACCCUCCGCCAAGGCUACCCCUCGGUGAAAGACUACAUUCACCUCCGCUCGGCAUCAGGUCUAUCCCCACACAGUGCAGCCCAAGCAGAAGCCGCAAUGCGGGGAAGCUGGUACGGGUGCUACGUCACAUAUAACCGGAAUAUGGCAGCAAAGAACCACGACACGAAUGGCUCGGCCUCAGAGAAUACACCCGGCGACGAAGUCGUGGUCGCCAUGGGCCGUGUGAUCGGCGACGGAGGCUGGUAUUUCCACAUCGCCGAUAUGGCCGUGUUACCUGAGCAUCAGCGCAAGGGGUUGGGCGAUGUCAUUUUGAAAAGUCUCAUGGGGAGGAUUCGAGAGUUGGCGCCGGAACCGGAGUGGUCGGCGGAUGGGAAGUUGAUGGGUACCUAUGUGACCUUGUUUGGUGAUGAGCCGGGCCGCAAGUUGUAUGCGAAGAAUGGGUUUGUGGAUGCGAUGCCGCAUUCCAUGGGGAUGGCGCAGUUGUUAGAUAAGGUGCCUGCUUCUGAUGGUGGGUCGUUAAGGAAUUAGACAGGAUGGUUUGGAUUGUGGAUGAGGAUUCAGAAGAGAUAUUUGACUCAUGGAGUGUCUGAAACAGUAUGAUUAGACUUAUCUUGUAUAUCGUGUAGGUCUCAGAAUGACAGCAGUGAGCUUGUGGUUAGAUACACAAGUGUACCUUGGUGCAGAUAGCGUUUGCAUGUACAUGGCAAAAUAUCUGAAGUUGGAGAGGUACCCGUUCGCAUACUUCCAGUUGGGAUAGAUAUUAGCAAUGUGAGGUUGGUUGUGUUAUGAUUGAUGCCAGAUCGCUGAAUCCCAAGAAUGUUGCUCCGUUCAAAAGCAGUGAGUGCUGUCUGUGACGGAAGUAUCGUCACGAUCCACAUUGGCCCAAUCUGAACACUCUACAUCUGCUGAGCGUUGUCUCAAGUUAAGCGAAACGAAGACGAAUAUAGGAGCACACUGCGAAAGUCCAGUGCUAGUCUCGACUUGAGGAGGCACGGAAUUUUGAACCCAAGCAUCAUCUGACCAUAUUCUAUUGUGACUUUUCUAGCCAGUAGGUUGGUCCGAAUGAAAGAGCUUUUUUCAGAUUCCCGCUCGUUAAUUACGACACGGUCUGUAUAUCUAUCUCUGUACACUUGCUUGGUACAGCACCGUCAUAGACACCCAUCAAAAAUGACUUGGCCCUGUGAAACCCCCUGAAGAGCGCGGGUAUGUGGUCGGCAUUUUCCACCUUUGCAUACUCUACAAUAGCCCCAUUCUGACAAAACUGCUCUACCAGG